AUGGAGCGUUAUGAUCGCGCUAUUACAAUCUUCUCACCUGAUGGGCACCUUUUCCAAGUAGAAUAUGCCCAGGAAGCCGUGAAGAAAGGCUCCACUGCUGUCGGCGUGCGAGGAAAGGACUGCGUUGUAAUUGGUGUGGAGAAGAAGUCGAUCCCGGCUCUUCAGGAUGACAGAACAAUCCGAAAGAUCCACAUGAUUGAUGACCACGUAAUGCUUGCUUUCGCAGGUUUGUCGGCCGAUGCUCGUGUGCUUGUCGAUCGUGCCCGCAUCGAAUGCCAAUCAUAUAAGUUAACUUUGGAAGAUCCCGUAACAGUGGCGUACAUUUCGAGGUAUAUCGCAAAUACUAAGCAGCGAUUCACACAAUCUCCUGGUCGUCGACCUUUUGGAAUUUCGAUGUUAAUUGGUGGCUUCGACUUUGAUGGGCAUCCACGACUUUUCAAAACGGAGCCAUCUGGCGCUUACUAUGAAUAUCUGGCUAAUUCUACUGGUCGUGGAGAGAAACCCGUUCGUGAGUAUUUGGAAGAACAUUAUAGUGAUGAUACAAUCAAGGAUGAAGCGUCUACUCUCAAACUUGUGGUUAAGGCUCUUUCUCAGGUGGUACAAUCGGGUGCUCAAAAUAUUGAGAUUGCCGUAAUGAAGAGAACCGAUAUCCCCGGUGAAUGCACUCACCGUGUCCUCACAGUUGAAGAAGUAGAAGCACUGAUGAAGUUGGUAGAGCAAGAACGUGAAGCAGCUGAAGCAGAGGAGGCGAAGAAAAAGUGA